UACGCGCGAAUUUUUUAAAAGUUUCAAAUUUUUUUUUUUACAUUAAUAUGAAGUUCGUUUAUUUAAAAAAUUAAAGAAUUACCAGAACUCUAUUUUCACUUAAUGUUUUUUAGUGAUACUGAAAUUAGUCAACCUGAUAUGUUUUAACUUUUUAAAAACAAAUUAAGGGCACGUUUUUCAAACCGGGUUUGAAUUAAUAUUGCUGGUAUAUAAUAAUAUAUAAAUAUAUCAGAAAUAGUAAUUUAAAGCAGGACUAAAAAUAAACUUAGUUUUAAAAACCGGCUCUAGAUAUUAUUUGAAUAAAUAAUUUUAAAUUAUACGCGCGAAUUUUUUAAAAGUCAAACUUUUUUUAACAUUAAUAUGAAGUUAGUUUAUUUAAAAAAUUGAAAAAUUACCAGAACUCUGAUACUAAUACUCACUACAAAAAAAUUUUUUCCUAUUAAUAUUAAAUUUGUUUAUUUAAAAAUAAAAAAAACUAUCGGACAUCCGUUUUUUUUCUAUUUAAAUUGAAAAUUGAACACCUUGUAGAUAACAACUUUACGGGACUGUAUUUUUCUCUUUCUUACUUAAAAAUGUUUAGUUAAAUUCACCGGUAUAUGGGUAUAUUGUAAAGAGAAGUGGAAGUAUGUUCUGUUGCUGCUGGUGAUAUUCCACAUGCACACGAUACUCCAAAGUUGAUGGUGGUUUCAACGACAACAAAAAAUAAUAAUGCCGGUUGGUCAUGCCUGACGUUUAACAAACGUGUUUUUAAAUGUUUUACAAAAAAAUAUAAUUAUCUAAUAUUAUCCAUUUAAAUUUAUUGUGUUAAUUUAUUAAUAAAAAAAAACUAAAGUGAUUAAAAACUAAUAAAUGAUAAAAUUAAAAUAGUGGUUUUAAUAAUGAAACAAAAUACUAAAGGUCAUUGUAUUUUAAAUAUGAUGGAUUUUGAUGAAAAUUCAUUAUUUAUAGAUAACGAGUAUCCAUUACCAGCCGAUGAUUUUCUACAAGCAUUGAGUUCUGACCUUGAGAUUCCAUUGCUGUUAAAUGGCGAAGGAUCACCUGGUCGUGAUGAAAGUCCUGAUGAAAUAAUAAAAGGCGCAGCAUUGAAUUCAUUAUCUAAUUUCGAUAGAUUCGAUACCGGUUAUGAAUUCGAUGAUGUAUUUUCAAAUAUUAAUAAUACAGAAUUAAGUGUCAAUAAUUUAUCAAACAUCAUAAAACAUGAAUCAGAAAAUUCACAUUUCCCACCGUCACCAAGUCCCAGUCAUUCGGAAUCAAGUAGCGGAGGUUCUGAAUGGCAAAAUGACAGUCCAUAUAAUAAAACAUCAUCAUCACCAGAAAAAUUUAGUUUAGACACACCACCGAUUUCACCACCAGAUACAGAAUCACCGCCAGUAUCACCACAGCCUGAACCGCAACCAGUGACAUCUAAAAUUCCAGUACUUCAUCCUCUUAAAUUAAUCCCACUUAGCGCUCAAGAUGUCAAUCUUUCACAAAACAAAGCUAAAUUUGUCCUGGCAAAAGGUAAUACAGCAAAGCGUGUGUGUAUUCAAACACUGAAGCAAUCAUCAUCAUCAUCAUCAUCGUCAUCAACGUCGUCGUUAUCAUCAUCAUCUUCAGUAUUAUCAAACAGUAAUAAUGGUGAGCAACCGCGUAAAAUGAUAGUUUUGAGUGCUCAAGAUUUUGCAGCAUUGACUAAAAAUGUAUCACAAAAUCCAUCAAUACGGCCGCCAUUAAAAAUUCAAACUCUAAAACGUAAACAAGAUAACAAUAUGAACAGUUUUAAUCUACAAUCCGGUGAUUUUAAACAAGCAAUUGAGUUACCCAAAACAAACCAGGUUAAAAUACUUAAUCCAAUAGCAAACAUACCGGUUGUUAAACCAGAACUUGUAAUUAGUACUCCACUCGACCCUGAAGAUGUUAAAGCAACAGCACCACCACCUUUAUCAGCAUUACCAGCAACUCAGGCAUGUACACCGAUAGUAAUAAGUCAUACAAAUAACACCAGCAGUCCAACAAUAGCUCCGAUUUUAAUAAAAACCGAGCUGUCAGAUAUUAAUAAUUUGACAGCGCGCCAAGAGUCUGAACUUAAAGCAUUCAAACGACAGCAGAGGAUGAUUAAGAAUCGUGAGUCCGCUUGUUUAUCUCGCAAGAAAAAAAAAGAGUAUGUGACGUCUCUGGAAAGACAAAUAUCAGACUUGCGAGAAGAAAAUAAACAACUGAGAAUGGAAAAUUCAUAUUUAAAACAACAACUAAAUCUAACUGAUGACAAUCAAUUUUGUUUAGAUAAAAAAUUAGGAAAUUUAAAACAUGCAGUCAGUAAAAAAAAUACUGCAAUACUUUUAGCAGUAUUUCUUAUGUUUUCAAUAAACUUUCCAGUAUUCAAUGGAAUAUUUUCACCAGAUAAAAAUCAAUUAGACGUUUUAUCAAAAUCUAAUGCGCCAGCUGUGGUACCAAAUCUCAGACACGGCCGGUCUUUGCUGUGGUCUUCUGAUAUUGAUAAUGAUAAUGAUGGGGGUAUUGAAGAUGUCAACACAACGUCGCUGCAUCAGCCGAUGUGUCCGAUGUUCAUCAAUCAAACAGAGUCAAUACGUCUAGAUUACGAGUUGCGUCGGUGGAUUGGCGAAGACAGCGGUCAUGAAAACUGGACCGAAUUAAAUAAUAAAAAAAAAAAUAUAAAAGCUAAAUCUGUUGGUGAACUUUUGCUACCAAAAAUAAAAGAUUUGAAUGGAGAUAAAACAAAAUCAUUGUUACCGAAGGACGAAAAAUUGAAUGCAGCAAUAAAUGACAAAGAAUUGACACCAGCAAAUAAUAACGCGCUAAAAAUAUUCUCACUGUUUGACGCACUAGAAAAUCGUGAUACUUUUUACGUUAUUUGGUUCAGUGGCGAGCAUCUUUUGCUAUCAGCGUUGAGCCAAAAUAAUACUACGAGGCCACGUAUGUCACUGAUAUUUCCAACUGAUACCGUCAAUAAUUCUCUCGCACCACCGCCUCCUAAUCAUGUGACAAUGAGGCGCAUUGACUGCGAAGUCACUGAUACACAACUGGUCCACUUGCCUGAGUCUAUUGUCGUUCAGUAUUUGAAAGACAAUCGCAAGUCUCAGCCCAAAACUCGCAGUAAUCCGAGACCAGCAGCCGCUAAUUUUAAUUUGACGAAAAAUUACAAACGUUUUAAUUACGUCAAAAAUAAUGAAACUGCGAACGAGUAUGAAAGUAAAAGCAGCAAUCAGUCGUAUCCAAUUAAAAAAGAGGCGGAAUUUGUAAAUGAUAUUUCGUAUUUAGUUAAAGAUAACAAAUUUACUUCAGGAUUUUCGGUAGACAGUCCAAAAAAUUACGAUUACGUACCAAAAAAUGUCAACUACGCAACAAAUGUUGCUUCGUAUGUUAAGAAUUUAAACAGAGACUAUGUCAAGAGUGAUAAACAAUUACGAAAAAGACGAGGCUUGAAUCUUUAAUAUAUUAUUUAGUUAAUUAAAUAAAUUAAUACAAAUAAAUUCUUAUAUUUAUAGGGAUAUAUUGUCUAAUUUUUUUUAGACAGGCUGUGUAUUGAGGGCUAAAAAAAGUUAUGAUGAAUUUUUUCUAUUGAGCAGGAUUAAUAAGCAAAUUUAAAAUGAAUUUAAAUUUAUAAGUAACGACUGAUAGCAGUUUGUAAAUUGUAACUUAAUUAAUUAAUUAUCAAGGUGUGUAAUAUUUACAUAAUUAAUUACUGUAACCAAGUGCAAAUUUUAAGUAAUUUUGUGUGCGUAUAAAUUUUUAAGUUUAUAACAAAUGGAUUUACAAUCGCACAGUGUUAGUUAAUGAUUUGCGUGUGUGAUUAAAUCACGUUAGUAAUUUCAAAAGGACAGAUUUUAUGUGAAUUUUUGUAAUUUUUAUAGUAAAAUAAAAAGUUUUUAGUUAUCGAGGGCUUUAUAUGAGCGAAUUUUGAGUAAGAAAAGCAAGUUUUUAAAUCAUAUUUUUACUACAUUUUACCUUUGUCCCGAAAAGGUUCAAAAAAUUCUCAUUUGAAACUUUUUUUUGAUUCUUAUGGGACUACAGGUUUCUAAUGGGAACUUCUCAGAACGAGAGUAAAAUAUAGUAAAAAUAUGUUUUACAAAUUUGAUUUUUUUACUUCAAAUUCGCUGAUUUAAACCCUAAAUAAUUUCGAGUUCCCUAGACCCAAAAUGGCAUGUAAAAAUUUCAUUCUUUUUGGAAUAAGUAACGCGAAAUAUUAGUUAUUAUUAAUUAGAUAUUUACUGAUAGCAAAGAGGUUUAUUAUUAAAUUAAAAUUUAUGUAAGAUAAUUAUUAUUAUUAAUAUUAAGAUAAGUUUUAGUCAAUG